AUGAGCGGGGCGCACAUGAACGAGAGCCCACCAAGCGAAAGACAACGCUGCCGAUUAGUGUAUGCUCGCGAUGAUCAGCUUUGCCAGGCCCCUGCAGAACAGCUGCAGCGCAAGAUCAGCGCGCUAGAGGAGGAGAAUCGACGCCUGGCGAACUGCAUCUCGCAGAUCAGAAGUUCGCAGCAGAGCAUUGUAGAAGGAGAUUCUUCGCUGCCUGGAGGGAGCGGUGUGUCUGCCCAUGGAGAACCACGGUCUGAGGCUGCAGCUUCGAGCAGCAAUGAAGUCCUCAUGCCACCAGCGCCGCAGCUGCGCCCGCCUGGUCAGGCCGUGAUGGGCACACCUUAUGUGGCCCGCGUGCGAGAAUCAGGACCUGGACAGGGAUCGCCAAUGCCAGCUGGCCAAAAGUUGCCAAGCCCAGUGCAGGCUGCCCCAGACUCGUCGUCGCUGAACGCUAGCACGGCGAGCUGUGAGGCCGUGCCAUCUGAACCGGCAGUGUAUGCCGAUGCGGCAAGCACCGUGCAAGCCUCGCCGGCACUGAGCCAUGCAGCAGCACAGGCCGAAGCAAAGGCUGCAUUCUUGGAAGCCGCAGCGAAGCGGGGUAGUGGCUUUGCAGAGGUCUACAACGAGCUGCUAAGUUGCGCGUUGCAAGUCCUGGAGGCACGCGCAAGUGCGGCUUCAAUGGAAAAGGAGCGCAACAAGGCUUCGACUGAAGCGCGCGAAUUGCGAGCUUGUAAUGCUCGCUUGGAGGAAGCUGUGUCCGUCCUGCAGGAUCGCAACAAGGAGCUGUACAUGCAGAAAGAAUUUCAACGACUGGGAGCAAAGACUUCCUUUCAAAACCAUCAUCCCUGCUGUGACACUGCCCUCUCGGUAAGCCCAGGUCGUCAAAGCGUUUGGGCAGCGCCUCUGAGCCCAGCACCAGCAAGCCCUCGUGACCUUCGCCCGGGACCAGGGGAAGCUGAGUUGGGCUUGCGUUUGCAGAGGCGAGUGCCAGCCCUACAAGCAUCAACCGGAGUUUGCCACGUGGCUCCUGUCAUAGCGUCGCCGAUGCAGCAAAGGCUGGCCUUGGCUGCCCGUCUUCCUCCUCAGGAUCAGCAGACACAGGCUUUCCAGCAGGGUUGGCGCCUCUUUCACCAGCUGAGCAAAGAGAAGGAGGCCAGUUCAUUGGAUUGCUCAGCAAGGCAGCGAGCAUCUGCGUUGAUGCUUGGAACGAAGAAGGGGAUGCCGACGGAGUUUCGAGAAAACCCUGCUGUUUGCGCGGUUUGGAGAGAGGCUCUGUUGGCAGGUGCCAGCUUGGAGCUGUCCUCUGCGCAGUCCUUCAGCAGCAUCCCAAGCAUGUGCAGCAACGAAAGCUGA